AUCUUUAAAAAUAUGCAAGUUUGCUUUCCUGCUUAAUUAGUAAGUUACUUAACUUUCCUGGAUUAACACUAAUAACUUCACCAGUACAGAAGCGUGACCCUUUAAACGUAUGUUCCUUUCCAGAUAUUGCUUCCUAAUUUUAGGGGUUUCAUGUUGCUGAAAGCAUCUGAGCAAUCAUGUGUGGAUAUUUUGUAGUCAGAAGUAUUUGACCAAGCUCCAGGAGCGGCGUUUCACGCCCUACUUUGAGCAUCGCCGGAGCCAGCUGUCGCCCUGGCUCCCUGCAACAGCGCCAGAAUUGUUCUGGCAGGAUCACCGAGUCUUCGCCUCCCUCCAACCUGGCUGAAGGCAGGCAAAAUGGACCGCCGUGAAAUCCCCUCGGAGGCUGACAAAACACACCAAAAUCGUCUCUCCAGCGUCAUCGAGGAGGAAGAGGAGCAAGAUGCAGCUUACACCAUUGUGACAGUCCUGGACAAAGUGGCCAACAUUGUUGACAGCGUGCAGGCGAGCCAGAAGAGGAUAGAGGAGAAGCACAGGGAGAUGGAAAAUGCCAUCAAGACCAUACAGAUUGACAUUUUAAAGCUUGCCCAGGCUCAUGGCAACACAGGCUUCACGGUGGACAAGUUACUGGCGAAAACCCGCAAAGUGAGCUCCACCAUGAAGGAGGUGCGGGCACGCGUGGAGAGGCAGAGCACCAGCGUGCGGAAGGUGGAAGCAAAACAACAGGAGAUGCUGAGAAAAAACAAAUUCCGGGUCGUGAUCUACCAGGAGGAAACCGAGUGUCCUUCGUCUCUCUCUGUUAUCAAAGAGAUGACAGCAGGUGAAAGUAUAGAGGACGAUUUCUUCCCACCUGAUGAUCUGUCUUCUGAUGAAGAAUACUAUAUCGAAGAAAGCAAAGCAACCAAGUUCAAGAAAUCAGGUAUGAGGCGCAUUGAUGACAUCAAAAAGGCAUUUUCAAGGGAAAAUAUCCAAAAAACAAGACAAAAUUUUGGCAAGAAGGUAAACAGGCUUCAAACUAGGAUAGUGACCCCUGAGAGGAGAGAGAGGAUCAGGCAAUCAGGGGAGAGACUAAGACAAUCUGGAAUAAGGAUCAAGAAAACCAUUUCACAAGCUGCUCCAACAAAGGAGACAUUCAAGAUCCAUAAAAAAAAUAAAGAACGAACAGGAGCCGAAGGUCAGGAGGGGAUCCAGGAAGCCAGCGUGCACAUCGCCUCUGAGCUCCCAGCAGCAGAGCCCUUCACUGAAGAAAUCUCUUACACAGAAGUGAUCACUAAGGUAAAGAAAGACAAGAAUAGUGCAACGAAAGGUGCUUCCCAGUCAACUGAAAUAGGGGUGACUAUCCCAGAAGUCGUCCUUAGGCAGGAAAGAAAAGAAGGAGGAGGAGGUGACGAUGACAUCCCUUUGCUAGAUUUGAAGCAAUCAGUAUAAGGAGCCAAUGAGCACACACACCAUACUGUCCUCACUGAGCAAGAGAGAACACAGUAUGUACUCACUCAGCUUUAGAAAAACGUGUGAAUCCGUGUUAUACCACAAACGUGUUGGUGUUGUUCUGCCAUCCCCACCGAUGUCUGUAGUGUUGUCUUCCUGACAAAAGUCAAGCCAUGCAAACUGAAUGAAGGGGCUCCCCCUCUGUGUCGGCGGGUGCCGACAGCCAUCAUUAACCCGAAUGGAACUCGCAGUGUCAAAGGGAGAUGGGAAUCUGCUGCCUUUCCAAGAUUGAUUUAGCAGUACUUUACAGCCUAAUCGCUCUCAUCAUUUCAUGUUAAACAGUAUAAAAUUUACUUCCAUUUUCUCAUACCAACUCAUCCAGUCAGAAAACAAUAACAAAGCUAUUACUUCUAUUACUUCAUAUUAGCAAAAGGAAGAACUAUGGAAAAUGUCAUUUAGCUGUACAAAUAUUAUCACUUAAGGGCCCUUACAGAAAAAGCAGGAAGAGCAUAUUCCUGCUUUACUCACAAUAUGAAAAAAAUGUGGCAGGAGUUAUAGGGGUUUGAAUAAAUUGUGUUUUUUCUUAAUGGAAAAGAGAAACCCCUGAAAUGACUACAGGUUAUUUCCAGACUUCUGAAAUAGGAAGGUUCAUUGUAAGUAAGCAAUGUGUUUUGGAGUUUUUAUUUAUGGAGUAAGAAUAAAAAACAAGACACAUUAAAUGUGGAAUAGCAGGAGGAAAAGGGAAGGAAGUAUUGUAUUUAUGUUUUGGAAACAUGAGAUUGUGAGAAAGGCAAUGACAUGAAGCAGUAAAAAGUGGAAUAAGAUGAAUGCAUAGGUUCUGGAUAAAUGGAGAGAAAAAUUAGAAUAUUGUAACUACAGUUUUCUUGAGAUCUUUUAGAAUACUAUUAUUCUUUACAGAGAAUCGUAGGGUUUAUGAGCAUAACUGACCAGACAAGGGAAUACUUUUGUUUUCCACUCUCUGUGUUUUCUCCAAGCUUCACUGCAAUUAAAAUCUAUUCUACAAAGUCACAGAUGUACAGGGCCAAUCCAUAACCCAAUUCUUUUUUUCCUAUCAUCAUCAUUAUUGACCAGUCACAGCCUCAGGGAUUAUGAGACAGACACCCUUUGGACUAUGGAAUGCUGUUUAUUUGCAGCUCUCAGGAGCCAGUGCCCUGACAUCAGAUAUGUUUGUGAACAUGACUGCUACGCUGACAUGGGGUGCAGGACUGUAUUGCUCUCUUCAUUCUUAAACGGAGUUGCCUUCAAAAAAGCACUUAUCUAAAGCAAUGUUAGUCAUUACUAUCUGUGUGAAACUUGUACAAUAUUGCCAAAAGCUGUAUGAUUGUAUUUAAUAUAUCAGGUUCAUUUUAACAGAAGAGCAUAACUUGGUUAUCUAUAUACAUUGUUUGAAGACUUCUAGCUAAUUGUUAAUCUAUCAUUCAAAUAUAAUUAGUUUGAUUUCAAGUAUUCUGCCUGCAGUUCUUUCAUUCAGAUUGGUAUACAUCCCACUUGAAGUGAAACAGCUUUAGCAAUAGUAACUAGGGAACACUGGUUGGGGAAGGUCAAUGUUUUGCUAAAUCAGUGACAUUUCAAUUCAAAUUAAUGUUGUCAGAUUGGGAGCAGCAACUCCACUGAGUGGAAGGGCAGGAUAGAGCAAGAGAAGGAGAUGGGGAAAGGAACACAUUUCUGUCAAUAGUAAAUUGUUCAUCUCCACUCUACUAUAAUCACAUGCAAAAAGGAAAUAGUGUUUUGCUUGUAGGAUGCACUGAAGGUUUUGUUUGGUGUUCUUUACUAGUGAUAAGAAGGCUUUUUGGAGCAAAGUCACUUUAUGUUCUUCAUUUCUGUACAAAACUGUAGCUAUCUUCAGUGAAAUACUGUAUAAUUUUUCUGCAAGAUUUGGCAUUUUCCUAAACUGAUAAACAGGGUUUAGUUAUUGAAAUGAAAAUGUUGAUGUUCAAAUAAGCUAUUUCUUUGCAUUUUUAUACAGAAUAUUAGCAGAACACUAUGUGCUAGAACAUCAUUGCCUAUAGAUUUUUCUUCAUAUAGCAUUUAAUUUUCUCAUUCUGCUUGACAAAGAAGUGAUGCAGUUUCCAUGGAGCAUAUCAUGUAGCACGAGAUAUAACCUCUAUCAAAUACAUAUAUUUAAAUGCUUAUUUCUAGCUUCAGUUGGUCAGAGGAGGAUUUGUUUUAUAGUAAGCAGUGAGUUCUUCAGGCGUGCAAAGUAUUUCAAUGUAUGUUUUUUAUUUUAAAUUACUAUCACUGUUACUGACCUGACUUUUACACGUACCAAGAGAUCAAAGUUAAAUUACUCCAUAUCCCCUCAUAAAUGUAGGGGAUGGGGAAAACACUAUGGUUUGCAACCUCAGUUUCUGCGGAACAGCACAGACCUUUGCUGCUUGAAGUCUCUCCCAUUUUUUUCAUAAUUUCCAAGAUCAAUUAUCAUGAAGCCAAAGCCUUCAGCCUUCUCAGAAACAAAAUUCUCAAUGAAAUUGGUUGAUGUAUAGCUGCACUGCAGGGAGAUCUGGUGCCUAUUUUUUGAACAGUUGGUUUCACUUGAAAAGAUAAUCUUGCUGGCACUGUUGCUCCUAGCUCAGUGGAAAAAAGGGAUCCUGUCCCUGUCUGCUCUGUUUUCCAAGAAAGAAACUGGCACUCUGUAUUUUGUUGGGGGUGUGAGUGUGAAUAUCAAACUUCCUCAUGGAAUGAGCCUUGCAAUUGCUAACUGCAGAGUAAAACUGGCUACGCAAAGGGAUGAAGUACUUUCUUAGACACUUGCUAUACAAAAAUUAAAAGUGUUUACAAGGAGAAAAAAAAUAUUAACGAAGUCUUGAUUGCAAGUGCUUCUUUAAUAACAUCCAAGAACAAUUUCUUUUGCUUUGAAUUUGUGCUAGUGAAAGAAGAUAAACACAUUUUCUGCCAAUAGUCAUCUGUCUAUUAAAAGAGAAAUAUUAAUCAUCCUUCAGUUACAGGGUAGACAGCAGUGGUGGUUAACACAAAAAUACUUCAACCAUUUC